AUUUUCUGACCUUUUUUCUGCAGGGAGGAGGAGGAGAGCCUACGCAACAAGAUUCGUGCCGACCACGAGCGAGCACUGCAGGAGGCCAAAGAGAAGUUGCGAAAGUCUCAUAAGGAGCUCAAGGCUGAGAUCCAGACGGAAAAGGCAAAAGUUAUGGAGGAUCUAAAGAAGAAGGAAGCGGGCCCUAAACCCUUACCCCCUGUCCCCAUGCCUAAAGUGGUCGGGGUCAGCGACGGGGAGCCACUGGAGGCGGACAUCAAAGAAAAGCGGGAUAAGAUCAGAGAGAUGAUGAAACAUGCAUGGGACAGCUACAGACAAUACGGCUGGGGCCACAACGAGCUGAAGCCCCUCGCUAAGAAAGGACAUUCAACAAAUAUCUUUGGUAACUCUCAGCUAGGGGCAACUAUUGUGGAUGCCUUAGACACCCUGUACAUCAUGGGUCUGCAUGAGGAGUUCAAAGAUGGCCAGGAGUGGAUCGAGCAGAAUCUGGACUUCAGCAUAAAUGCCGAGGUUUCAGUGUUUGAGGUCAACAUCCGGUUCAUUGGGGGCCUCCUGGCAGCCUAUUACCUAUCUGGACAGGAAAUGUUCAAAGUUAAGGCGGUCCAGCUGGCUGAGAAGCUCAUUCCUGCCUUCAACACCCCAACCGGGAUCCCCUGGGCCAUGGUCAACCUUAAAAGUGGUGUUGGGCGUAACUGGGGUUGGGCGUCGGCAGGAAGCAGCAUCCUGGCUGAAUUUGGGACGCUCCACAUGGAGUUUGUUCAUCUCACCUACCUGACAGGAAACCCUGUUUACUACCAGAAGGUGAUGCACAUCCGGAAGCUGCUAGCAAAGAUGGACCGACCCAACGGGCUCUACCCAAACUAUUUGAACCCUCGCACAGGCCGCUGGGGCCAACAUCACACCUCGCUCGGAGGACUGGGGGACAGUUUCUAUGAGUACCUGCUGAAAGCUUGGCUCAUGUCUGACAAAACCGACACAGAAGCACGCAAGACCUACGAUGAUGCCAUAGAGGCCAUCGAGCGCCACCUCAUCCGCAAAUCCAACGGCGGUCUGACGUUCAUAGGCGAGUGGAAGAACGGCCACCUGGAGAGGAAGAUGGGCCACCUGGCCUGCUUCGCCGGCGGCAUGUUCGCCCUGGGUGCCGACGGCUCGCCGGACGACAAGGCAGGUCACUACCUGCAGCUUGGCGCUGAGAUCGCCCACACCUGCCACGAGUCCUACGACAGGACAGUCCUGAAGCUCGGCCCAGAGGCGUUCAAGUUCGACAGCGGCCUGGAGGCGGUGGCCGUUCGGCAGAAUGAGAAGUACUACAUCCUACGGCCGGAGGUCAUCGAGACCUACUGGUACAUGUGGAGGUUCACCCACGACCCCAAAUACCGGCAGUGGGGCUGGGAGGCAGCACAGGCCAUUGAUAAGUACUGCCGGGUGAGUGGCGGUUUCUCUGGAGUGAAGGAUGUCUACUCGUCCAACCCGACCUACGACGAUGUGCAGCAAAGCUUCUUCCUCGCCGAGACGCUAAAGUACCUGUACCUGCUGUUCUCCAGUGAAGACCUGAUGCCCUUUGAGAGCUGGGUGUUUAACACCGAGGCUCACCCUCUCCCCGUCCUCCACCUGGGCAACAUCACCCUCCCCGGCAGCGAGUCCGCCCAGCGAUAGACCCACUGGCUCGCCUCCACCAGGGAGCGCCACCUUUCUGCUCGCCUGACCGAUCGCCCUAAAACUCCCCCACCCACCGCCGGACAAACUUCCACAGGAACUCUUUAAUCUGCGCCUGAACUGCAGACAUGAGCCAGAGGAGACGGAGAGGCCGCUGCCCAGAGGAAAGGACUCACCCUCUGGACCUCCCCCUCUUCUUCUUCUUCUUCUGUGUCCCUAUCUUUAUAUCUCACUAUAGUUCUGUGUCUUCAUUGCUUAAACCAGGCAGACGGUGGGUGCGCUGCUCGGCCUCUGAGAGAUUCACUCCAAACGAGAGGCUUGGUUCUUUAUCUCCUUCAUUUGACCAAACGUUCUCCUUCAGACUCUAAGCUGAGGCCCUAAAGAGUCCAAACUAUUCUCACUCUGUUUUGUUUUUUUUCACGUAAACACUCUAGUGGACUUUUACAGGGUCUGUUAAUAAGAUGUUUUUGUUGUCGUUUUGGACAAAAUAUUAAUGGAGACACAGGGUCGUAUCAAAGCCCUUCGCUUCUCCCUGACCGAGCCCACUUCCUGUUUGGUCUUCAUCGGAUGGACCCGGACCUGGAACUCAUCCGAUCUUCACAGGCAGGAGGUGUUGGCGGUGACCGCCUGAUCUAAGGCUUUUUGCUUUUCUUUGUAAUGAGCGGCUAUAUCAGAGAAGGCCUCCACACACCAGUCCCACCCAGAAACCGUUCUGCUGCUGCUCGACUGGAUGCUGCUUCUCCCUCCGUUUCCAGAACACGCCGUACAUUUCCUACAUCCUCAGCAUUAUUUUGAGGUCGCUCAUGAUGAGACCACGCUUUGGUAAACGUGUUUGUUUUGGUGGCUCUGCUGUAAAUCAUCUGUUUGCACUUAGAAAGGAAAAUAAAGUGGUGUAGCACUGAAAUAGGUGAAUAAAUGAUGAAUCCUCAGUGCAGA